GACAUGAAAGGUAGAUAAGUGUGGUGUUGGACACUGAGAAACACAGUGGAGCCAAAACCAUAGAGACAUACAGUACACUCUAACAGACAGCUCAUUUGGUUGGCAUCCCUGAACUACAAUGUUCAUCACAGUGCUACAUGCUGAUAACGAGCAAACCUUGUUUAACAUCCACUGUAAAAUAUCUGUGCUUCUAGACAGCAUAAAAUCACACUGUCACUGUGAAUAUGAAGAAGAGAUAGACCUCGUGGAUGAGAAUGCAGAGCUGAAGAACCUUCUAGAGCAGAGGGAUGAGUACGCCUCCCAGGCUCUCAGGGAAAGAGAAGAGUAUGCUCUGGUCAGCGUCAGACGAUGUGACGAUUCAUCUCAGCCUCUGUAUACCUUACUGCUGCAAGACCAAGCCCCUCUGCAUUCCACGUUCAUUGCCAAGCUAAGGAAUAAAGAGGGUUCAAGGGCACUGGGAAUUCAACCACAAAGAAAGAGGACCAAGAGGAAAUCUACUCUGCCCCAACCACAGUAAGCAUCAAUUUUUCAGAAGGACAGCUGGGUUUGACCAUUUAACCGCAUACACGAAGCUGAAGAUGAAAGACUCAGAAAUGAAGAUUUAAAAUUGUCAUUUAAUUAAAUGAAAUUCACUUCGCAACAUUUUGUCCUUACUAUGUAUGAACUAUAAAAUGGUGUCUGCCCCUUUACAUUAACUUUAGUUAUUUUAAGGCUAUUGUUCUCUGAAGUUCCAAGUUGAACUUUGGUAUUUAGGCCUAUAGUUUCAUGGUUACUGUA